GGCGGGACCAAAUAAAUGGCUGAGGGCAUCCCUGCGGUCUUGAACCCGCCCCUAAAAGCCAGAAGGAGGUGUUGCCCUUGUACAAGUGGGGAAACUGAGGCUCCCGAAGGCUUAGGUCCGUGUGGACGUCUCUUCAUGUGGGAUAGUCCCACCCCUCAUGGAUGGGGGAAGAGGGAACCGCAAGGCCCCUUGGGAGUUGAAAGCUUCGGGGUUGCUAUGGAGUCCGGGAUGGGGUGGCUUCCUGAGGCCCCGCCCCCCGCCCCGCCCCCCGCUAUGCGGCCCUCCCCGACUGCGCUGUGGCUGGGUCUGGCUUUGGCCCUCCUGGCUGUGGGGUGGGCCUCAGCCCGGGCCCCCAUCUAUGUCAGCAGCUGGGCCGUGCGGGUGACCAAAGGUUACCAGGAGGCUGAGCGCCUGGCACGUAAAUUUGGCUUCAUCAACCUGGGACAGUUUGGGAUUCUGCGACCCUUAAUUGGGCACCUGGUUGAGAUCUUUCCUGACGACCACUAUUUCCAUCUACGGCAUCGGGGUGUGGCCCAGCAGUCCCUAACCCCGCACUGGGGCCACCGUCUGCGCCUGAAGAAAGAGCCCAAGGUGCAGUGGUUUGAGCAGCAGACUUUGAGGCGGCGGGUGAAGCGCUCCCUGGUGGUGCCCACAGACCCUUGGUUUUCUAAGCAGUGGUACAUGAACAACGAGAUACAGCCAGAUCUCAACAUCCUGAAGGUUUGGAACCAGGGACUGACCGGCCGGGGAGUGGUGGUCUCCAUCUUGGACGAUGGCAUUGAGAAAGAUCAUCCAGACCUCUGGGCUAAUUACGACCCUCUGGCCAGCUAUGACUUCAAUGACUAUGACCCAGAUCCCCAGCCUCGCUAUACACCCAGCGAUGAGAACCGGCAUGGGACCCGCUGCGCUGGGGAGGUGUCUGCCACAGCUAACAACGGCUUCUGUGGUGCUGGUGUGGCCUUCAACGCCAGAAUUGGAGUGCUAGGCCCCAGGCUGAGGGUGACUGAAAGGUGGCCGGGAGGUGGCCUAGCAGGGCAACCAAUGUUGGUGCUGGCAAGGCCCACGACCACCCGCGCAGGCGUACGCAUGCUGGAUGGAACCAUCACCGACAUCGUGGAGGCGCAGUCCCUCAGCCUGCAGCCGCAACACAUCCACAUCUAUAGCGCCAGUUGGGGGCCCGAGGAUGACGGUCGCACGGUGGACGGACCGGGUAUCCUCACUCGGGAGGCCUUCAGGCGUGGCGUGACCAAGGGCCGCCAAGGGCUGGGCACACUGUUCAUCUGGGCCUCGGGAAACGGUGGCCUCCAUUACGACAACUGCAAUUGUGACGGCUACACCAACAGCAUCCACACGCUAUCAGUGGGCAGCACCACGCGGCAGGGCCGAGUUCCCUGGUACAGCGAGGCCUGCGCCUCCACGUUCACCACCACCUUCAGCAGCGGAGUGGCCACCGACCCACAGAUCGUCACCACGGACCUGCACCACCAGUGCACCGACAAGCACACGGGCACCUCGGCCUCCGCUCCGCUGGCCGCUGGCAUGAUCGCCCUGGCUCUGGAGGCCAACCCGCUCCUGACCUGGAGGGACCUACAGCACCUGGUGGUCCGCGCGUCCAGGCCGGCGCAGCUGCAGGCGGAGGACUGGAGGAUCAACGGCGUGGGGCGCCAAGUGAGUCACCACUACGGCUACGGGCUGCUGGACGCGGGGCUGCUGGUGGACCUGGCUCGCGUGUGGCUGCCCACGCAGCCUCAGAAGAAAUGUGCCAUUCGGGUGGUGCACACCCCCACCCCCAUCCUGCCUCGGAUGCUGGUGUCGAAGAACGUGUCUGCGUGCUCCGAUGGCUCGCACCGCCUCAUCCGCUCGCUCGAGCACGUGCAAGUCCAGUUGUCACUCUCCUACAGCCGCCGCGGGGACCUGGAGAUCUCCCUCACCAGCCCUAUGGGGACACGCUCCACGCUCGUGGCCAUCAGACCCUUGGAUAUCAGCGGCCAAGGCUACAACAACUGGAUCUUCAUGUCCACCCACUACUGGGAUGAGGACCCGCAGGGCCUGUGGACCCUGGGCCUGGAGAACAAGGGCUACUAUUUUAACACAGGAACUCUGUACUACUACACACUGUUGCUGUACGGGACGGCCGAGGACAUGACAGCGCGGCCCCAGGGCCCCCAGGUGACCAGCCGCGCGUGUGUGCAGAGGGACACAGAGGGGCUGUGCCAGGAAAGUCACAGCUGUCCCCAUGCAGAAAGUCACAUCCUGGCCAGGCUCUGCCUCGUCCCCAGCCGGCAGUGAUGGCUCUACAGCCAAACAGAGCAGCCAGUGACCCAGGGACAGGCCAGCUGUCACCCUCCUGUCACACCUGCUGGGCCAGCUUGACCAGUGACUACACUGCCUGUCCCCGUCCCUCGUGCUGGGCAAGCUCCAGGGCUCCUC